ACCAAUGCUAGCCCGAGCAGCAGGGAAGCACAGCGGGGGAUACCUCCCGCUGCCCGCAUCGUCCCGGCUGGCCGGCCGUCUCUUGGGCUACCCAGCCGCCGUUCCCCUCCCGCGCGGCGAGGUGGAAGCCGCGGCGGCGCUGCCCCGGGGUUUGCAGGAGGGGCCCGGGCCAGCGGGCUGUGAGUGCGGCUUGCACGGGGCUGCAGAGCAGGUGGCCCCGCGGUGCUUAUGCGAUCGCUCCUGUGCAAUCGGCCGAGCCGCGCUGGCUGCGGACGGGCAGCGGCUGGAGGCCUGGCGGAAGCGCGUGGCAGCGGGUCCCCGCUGGGGCGCUCCCUGGGGGCGGCCCGUGCAAGUCCCCAGAGCUCCCCUCGGCCCCGUGGGCGAGCUGGCCCCGCCCCGUCCCCGGCCUGUCCCCCGGCAGCUCGGAUGGCCGGGGGCGGGAAGUGAGCUCAGCGCUGGGCGCGCCCGGGCCGUGACCGGCGCUGGGGGAGUCCGGCUCGCCGCCUCCCUCCGGCCAUGGCGCGCUGGGCUGGGCUCCCGCUGCUGCUCUGUUGCCUCGGGCCUCUGCUGUGCGGCGCUGCGGGGCGGAGCCGGGCGCCUCGGGAAGCGGAGCCGGGCGCCGCCGCGCCGGGGCUGCCGCCGGGCAGGGCCGGGAGCGACCUCUCCGGGCAGUACUGGCGGUACCUGGCCUGCCGGCUGUGGCGGGAAGGCUGCGAGCAGCCGCAGGAAGAGGGCAGCCGGGAGUCGCAGGGUUCAGCUGAAGAAGCAGAUAAGCGAGACAGUGCAGCUCUGCAAGCAGUCAUUGUUCAUCUUCGAUGAGACAGAGAAGCUUCACUCUGGCCUGCUGGAUGCCAUCAAACCCUAUGUGGAUCACUAUGACAGCAUCAAUGAGGUGGAUUACAGGAGAUCCAUUUUCCUCUUCCUCAGUAACAUUGGUGGGAACAUUAUCAACCAGGUGACCCUGGACUUCUGGCGAGCUGGACGGGCCAGGGAGGAGAUCACCAUGGAAUACUUGGAGCAGCACCUGUGCAUGGAGCUGCUUGAGUCCACAGAUGGUGGCUUUGCCCACAGCCACCUCCUUGAAGAGAACCUCAUUGACUUCUUUGUGCCAUUCCUGCCCCUGGAGAAUCACCAUGUGAAGCUGUGUGUUCGGGAUGCUUUUCUGGCCCGCAGCCUUCCAUACACUGAGGAGGUGCUGGACGAGGUGGUCAGGAUGAUGGUAUUUCUCCCCAAAGAGGAGAAGCUUUUCUCUGCACAAGGUUGUAAAUCCGUGGCUCACCGCAUCAACUAUUUCCUACCCUGACUGUGAGGGGGAACUUUACCAGUGACCAGCAUGGCUGCUUGCUGCACGGAGAGACCUGCUCCUCUCGCAUGAGCAGAUUGAAAAUUUACCCACUUGCACAGUGAUGGGAACUUUUGAAGUCCCUCAAAACUUGAGAGAGGCCUCCAAGGGUUACUCUCAUUGUCAUACUUGUAUGGCACCUGUGUAGCCUUGAGCUGGUAGAAGGCUGGGCUGGCUGUACCUUUCUUGCCCACUCAAAGGCCCAUCUCUUAGCAGUUAGCUUAGAGCAGAAGAAAUGAUUAGCUGUUGGUAAAUGAAGAAUUCUGGCUGGCAAAUAGUGGUCUACUUCACACAAGCAGAGUUGGUCUGGGACCUUGGUUUAUUGUGGUGUGGGGGGUCUUGGGAUUGCUUAGUACCUUCAGUUGGAAAGUCUGAAGAGGUCAUAGAAGUCACUUCCUUGCUUCCUCUCCUCUGGGCCUCUCCCCCCCAUGCAUCAUUUCCAGCACCUGCAAAGUAAAACAGUGAUGGAGAAAAACCUAAACUUGGCUAUGGAGCAGAGUGAGAAUGUGUGUCCCAGGAACCUUCUUACCAAGCCAUCUGUUGUUAACCAGCUAUUGGAGAGGAUGGCCAGGAGCCUGCACAGAUGAUGGUACACACAGCUUGAAUAGAGACUAGGACUAAGAUUCACAUCUGCAGCCUCCACCUACUGUGGGCAUUCCAGAUGUAUAACACUGAACUUGCUCUUUGGUGACAUUCUCUCAUUUGGAGUAUGGAAAAAUGGUUCCUGACAAUUUGUUUAAUAUAAAGAUUAAAAAAACUUUUUUUUAA